GACUUACACCCAGCAUUUAACGCACGCGCCUCUGUCCAAACAGAGCUGCACACAGACCCGGAACAGAGCCCGGCUCUUUCCUUUCUCCGUGCUCUCAGCAACAUGGCGUCUCUGAAACCACUUUCUGCUAAAGCACUGGCCUGCGCCAGGCUGCCUUCUGCUGGUGCGCUGCGUUCUUCCUCGCGCAUUCUUGCUGCACCUCCUCUCAGCAGGAGUGCCGCCGGCCGCGCACAGGCCACCUCGCGGGUGGUCCAGGCGGCGACGUCUCCCCGCAUGUCGUUUGCCCGCGCCAAGGUGCACGCCGCGCAGUCCAUCGCCCGCCGCCCCGAGCCCACGGAGGCAGCCACCGAGCCCAAACUGAAGGUGUUGCUCAAGUCCAUCGGCGCCAAGGUCGCCAACCUCCUCAAGCCCAAGCCCGCCCCGCUGCAGCCGCUUGCCACCUACAUCCUGCCGGACGGCGUCCUCUCUCCCGAGGCCGACCCCUCCUCUUCCUCCGGCCUCGCCCGCCUCAAGGCCCUGGGCCUCCGCCUGCACUCCCGCUUCUCCAUCUGGGUGGACCAGGUCGUGUACGAGUGCAAGGAACUCCGCGACCUCAUCCGGUACGGCCCCAGCCGCGGCCGCCUCCCCGCGCCGGCGCUGACGCCGCAGCAGGUGGCUCUGGCACUCGCCCAGGAGGAGGAGGUGUUUCGGCUGUCCGACACGCCACCCGUGCCGCGGACCGUGGCGGCGCUGGCCGGACCCCUGCCGCCCCGCCGCGGCAGCCGCCUCGCAGCGCUGCUGCGCCGGCUGCUGCGCCAGGCCGCGGCCCUGCUGACGCCUCGCAAGGCGGCGGCGGCGCAGCGGCCCUCCACCACCUCCUCUACCUCUGCGGGCGCCUCCUCUGCAGCGGCUGAGCCGGCGGCCGGCGCUGGCGCUGCCGAGGUGCUGGAUACCUCGCCCUCGCUGCCCGUGUCGCUGCACGCCAGCACUGCCAAUGAGAGCGACACGCCCUUCGCGGCCACGACCGCGCCAGUGGCGGCGGCAGCGCACGAGAUCGCUGACGACGAUGACUGGGUGCGGCGCGUGUGGGCCCGCGCCGCCGCCGCCGCCGCCGCCGACGCCGGCAGCACCGGCAGCAGCACCGCCGGCAGCAGCAGGCGGCAGUCCUUCGUGUCCGGCUCCAGCUGCGAGCCCGCCGCCGCCGCCGUCGGCAGCAGCCGCAACAACACCAGCAGUGGCGGCCUGUCCGCCUCGGACUCGGCCGGCACCGCCACCUCAGCCUCCGCCGACAUGGUCACUGCUGCGGACUAUGCACUCGUGGAGCCCGCCGGCGCUGAUGAGGUUGACGAGGAGGAGGAGGCUGACGGCAGCAGCAGCAACAACGAAGACACGACCCACUACUCGCAACUGGCGCGCUACGCCUCCUCCUCGUCCUCGUCCGCCCCUUCGGAUGAUGACAGCGAGAGCGGUGGUGAGAACGUGGAGGAUACCGGGAGCCGGCGGCACCAGAAGCAGGGGCGCCUGGCCGCGAUGAGUGGCAAAGCUGGGCACGGCGCCCGCGUGGGCGCAUGGGUGGCGGCUAGCCGGGCGGCGGCUGGCAGUGGCGGCCUGAAGCAGCAGCGGCGGCGGCAGGCGGUGGCGGUGGCGGCAAGCGGCUACCAGCUCGUGAAGAUGGCGCGGCCGGCAACUGCCGCUGUGUACGAUGAAGGCCUCAUGGGCUAAGUGCUGCUGACUAGAUUGGGUGAUCGAUAAUGAGUGACGGGGUAACUGUAGGCGGCUGGGGCUCAGCCGGUGAGACGGAGUAACAAGUUCUGCCGAGUGAUGAUCAGCUGGUAACUAUCAGCAAGGUGGCAUGGGUACAUCUGUGCGUGGGGAAGUAUAUGGAGGGCAGGGUGCGGUGAGUCCAAAGGCGGGAUAUGGUACUUGUUUGUCAACGUAGCUAGGGACGUGGUAUGCGGAGACCAGGCGAGCAUUAUACAAAGAUAGAGCACUGAUAUCAGGAAGAGGCUCAAUCAGUGACCCAAUAAUACCAUGCUCGUGAUCAUUAUAGGAAUGGGGCCUGCCUGCCCCAUUCCUAUGAAACAUGUUUGGUCACGAGCAUGAUAUUUGGUCACUGAUUGAGCCUCUACCUGUUAUCACUGCAUGCUCUAUCUGCUGUGUAUAAUGCUCGCCUGGUCUCCGCAUACCACGUACGUCCCUAGCUACGUUGACAAACAAGUACCAUAUCCCGCCUUUGAGCCUGAUUGAGCCUCUUCCUGAUAUCACCCUAGGGUGCGUGCUGGGUUGUGAACGGGGUGAGUAGGGUAGGGUAGAAAGGGAUCGCGUUGUGGCGCGUGCAGGCUUGUGCGCGGUGAUCACCGUACGUGUGAGUUGGCUGGGGUGGAUGUGGGGUUGAGACGUGGUGGGCUUCUUAUAAUGCCCAAGUGCAAGUGAGUGAUUUGAGGCUCGGUAAGCCCACCGUGAUGUACUGGAAAGUGAUACCGUAACUUCAGCGGGCAUGGACUGAUGACAGAAGAACUAAGUCAGCAAGGUGUUGUGGAAUAAGAAAGCCAUGGGCCCGCAUGACGACGCUUAGGCUCGUAUCCUGCUCGGGUGCGGUAUCGAGUGUUGACAAGCAGGGCCCUGGAGCGGCUGAGUUGUAAAUAAACAUUGAA